UUGUCCCCCUAAUCCAGGCGACUGUUUAUUACACCUUCAUUACUGUAGUGACUCCGACAGCACCAGGCGCUUAUAAUAGCCUGUGGGUGCCGCAUCAGCGUAGAUAUACUGUAGGAAGGGGGGAAAAAGGGUUUUGUAAAGAGAGGACAUAUCAUAGUGGCAAAUAGGAGCGAUUCCUCCUAGGCUAUAUAGGCAGGAAAACGCCACAAUAACCAACCAAAGGGUGCCAGAGGGUAGAGAGGAGCGCAGAAGGCAAUCCACUUAAUCUACCAGCCACUUACUACGCGCUAACAUUUCCAGUCCGGAUUUCAGCACAACUGUCUAGCCUACACCACCAGGAAAAAUGUCUGCCCCAGCCGCUGGCGCCCCUGCAGGACCAGAGGGAGGGAAUCAGCCCCCUCCCAACCUCACCAGCAACCGUCGUCUGCAGCAGACACAGGCACAGGUGGAUGAGGUGGUGGAUAUCAUGCGUGUAAACGUGGAUAAGGUUCUGGAGCGUGAUCAGAAGCUGUCAGAACUGGAUGACAGGGCUGAUGCCCUGCAGGCUGGAGCCUCUCAGUUUGAGACCAGUGCUGCGAAACUGAAGAAUAAAUACUGGUGGAAGAAUGCCAAGAUGAUGAUUAUCCUGGGUGUGAUAUGCGUGAUUGUCCUCAUCGUCAUUAUUGUGUACUUCAGCACCUAAGAAGAGUUGCUCCUACCCCAGUCUGAACCCAACUUCCUUGCAACAGAAAAACCCUAAAAUUGAUGACAAAAUUAAUCACUGAUGAUGAAUUUAUGAAAUAUUCCCCCAAUUAGCCUUGAUAUAACACCCCUAAACCCCUUCGGGGCCCCAUGGCUCCCCCACUUCCACCACCUCGCCUCUGGACCCCUGUCAAUAUUUGUCCUGUGAGUCUGUGACCCUGUCUCCUUUCUAGGUACUUUUGGCUUUUCUAAUCUGCCAUACUGAGAACCAAACACUUGUGAUGAUGCAACAAUAGAAAAGGAAACAAUGACUGGCGAUAAUUGUCACAUAACUGAUAUGACAUAUAGUUCUUUGUAGAGUUUUAUUCUGAUAUAUAUAUACUGUUUUGUAGGUGUGUGUGUGCGUGUGCGUGUGUGCGUGCAUUUUGUAUUUUUUAAUUUUUGUAUUAAUUUUACGUAUGCUUCAGCGUUAACUACUGCCUAUCUAUCGAAGUGUGCAUCUUGCAUGUUCUCAUUGUCUGUCUGCCCGUUGCUUACUCUUUCUUGCUCUGUUUUUCAUGGAGUAUUGGUGCAUAUUUGCACAUUGGAGUUGGGCUCCACUAACUAAGGUACUUCAAGGGAAUACCAGUGGAUUUUAGAGUUCAUACAUGUUAUUCCUAUAAUCUAGGAUGGUCCAGAAUAAGCCAGAAACAAGUGAACUGAAGCUUGAACCUGACAUGUUGUUCAGCUGCAAAAUCUGGAGCCGUGUCAGAGCUGUUAAUGGAGUGCUGAUUUUGUGGGUUGUUGUUUCUUUGUGUUUGAACAACAAACAGGUUUAUUCUACAUUUCUUCUAUUUUCAUGUCACUCCAUUAUCCAUGUUUUCUAGCUCCAGAUUUUCUAUCUUGAUGUUCAACGGGUUCAAGUCUCAGCUUCUUUCUGGCUUUCUGAGAGUUGUUCAAGCUCGCAAACAUUGAUCAACCAUACAAUUAGUGCAUGAAUUGUCAAAUUACAUGGUAUUCCUCUGUAAUCAUUAUUCCCUGUCAGUUCCACCUUCUUUUCUCUCAUCCUCUGCGUGUCAUUUCUCUUUCUGUUUCUCACCUCCAAUAACUUUCAGCCAUAGUCUCCUUUAGCACCCUGCAAAUUUCUCUCUCAGCAUGCUUGAUUUCUUCUGAUGAUUUCGAUACUGCCAUAGUACAGUUGGACCAAUGUCUGUAGAUGUUUCUUAUUUUUGAAUUUUUACUUAGUGUCUUAAUUUCGAAAACAUUCCUUCAUUGCAGUAUAGUGCAAAUGCUCUUAAUGUAGCACAUAUAAGUGUAUCUUUAAAAGAGAAAAAAAAACCUGAGGUGAAAAUAGUGUCGCCAAUGUUGACCACACAAACCAUAAGAGAAAAUCCCAAUGCUUAUAGCUGUAAGGGGUAGUUUUGGGUAGACAGGAUUAGAAUUUGAAUCUGACCAAAUUUCUUUGUUUUGUAAUAUCUGUGAUGUUACCCUAACAUUACUAACCAAUACUGCAGAGAUGUCAUUGCUAUCAUGCUGUAGACGUAGACUUGAAAAACAAUAUUUAAUGCCAGGAGAUAAAAUCGAACUGUGGAAUAAAUUGGCUAUUGAUUAGUUUCCAUAUAGCGAGGUUAACACUGGCCUGUGAUCUACAUGGACACAGACGAGCCUUAGUCUCCAGUCACUCAGAAGCUAACCUGUUAGAGGUUAUUUCCAGUCAAACACACACUUACACUUUUCGUUUGUAAAAGGAGGAGCGGCUGACAAAAGAAGAAUAUGUUUCCAAUGCACAAACAACCUUGUUUUUGAUGGCGCUGUCUGGCCGAGCGACCGCCUGGCCAAAGGAGAUCCUCAUGCAGCAAAAACCUCACCACAUAAAGAGCACAUAAACAGAGACAAUUCAGCCUUAUUUGCAAAUCAAGGCACAGGGACAGAGGCUAAUGAGGAAAAAAAAAUGGCAUAACUUCACAGCUGGCUUAAGUUUUAGUAGAGCAGUCCAGUAACUUUGGGGUCUUUCUUUGAGUAAGAGAUUUAAAGUGAUGAGUGAGCAUUCCAACAAAUGCAAGAAGCAAUUGUUUAAACAAUAGUAGCAUUCCUAACAUACUAGCCAGAGCGUUUCGCUAUCGCAGUGGUUCUGUCUCAGUGUUUCUCCCAAUAGUUAAGGCCUUUUUCUUUUUAAAAUAUAAUAGAUUAUAUUUAUAUUAUAGUAUAUUUUUGUGUGAAACAGACAGUUAAAGAGGAGAGUGCAAUCAGUACCACUUGCUGCCGAGAGCAGUAAGCUCCUCUUUACAUCUGUCUUGUGUGUUUUUUGUAAUUCAGCUCUGUGCGUUAUACACUGCCAAGCAACUAGGGAGAGGCUUUUAUUGUUACUGCAGUUAUUUCUUCAUUGGUGCCCUCACUGGUUUGGUCUUAAACAAUUCUUUAACUAUAAAUGGCAUGCAUUCCUGUGCAAUCUAACCUUUUUGGCUGCUUUACAAAUAUGGGUGCAGGAUGGUGUGAUGCACUUGCUUUGUGGAUUUUCAGAUCUUCUAAGGCCUUGGACACAUUAUCAAAUUGCGGCAUUUUAAAAGCCUAAGCUCCCUAAAACUGCAAAACUGAUUUCAGGGAUAGGGAGGACAUUUUGCUUUUUUUGGGGGGGUCUGUUUUCAAGUUGAAAGGGUUUUAUUUGUGCAUGUGUUCAAGAAAAAGUUAACCGUUUUUUUGUAACAUCACAUAGACUUGCCUAUAAAAAAAAACAGAAUAAACAAACAACUCUAAACUGAAAUAAAUAAUGACAGGGUCAGUUCAGCUAUUCAAGCAAAUCCUCCGUGCUUUGUGAAACUGGACAUUUUCAACUCUGUAGGCCUGCAUUAACGAGUAAUUAACAGAAAGUGGCUUUUUUGUUGCCUGUGACGCCAUUUUCUAACACUUCUCAUGAUGUACGCUCUAUAGCUUUUGCAUGCUGUGGAAAUACUAUGAGCUACAGUCACUGGAACGUUGUGGAAAUUACCAGACCAACUAAAAUAUUUCUUAAACAAAAUCAUUUAAAAACCUGCAAGUGUGUGUAAAGCCUUAGUAGCCUUGUCUGUUUUCAACAUGACAUGUAAUCCUCCCCACCACCUGUACAGACCAACGUGCUCCCCCUUGCUCAACUCUCAUUCAGAAUCCCACUGUGUGUGUGUGUGUGUGUGUGUGUGUGUGUGAGUGUGGUUGUGUGUGUUUGUGUGUGUGUGUGUGUGUGUGCAUGUGAAUGUGUGUGUGAGUGUGUGUGAGUGUGUGUGUGUGUGUGUGUGUGUGUUAGAAUAGCUCUGCCUGUCUUGGGAAUAUCCCCAGUUUAUCCUGACAGAUUAGGCCGCUUAAAUCUCAGAGUAAGGGCAAGUCGUUUCCACGACAACUGGAGUACACAAGCAGAGAGGUUACAGAUCUGCCAAGCUGCUCUAACAGCGAGGACAGGAAAUGCAUUUUUACUGGCGAAGGACCCUAAACACACCGAACCCUGCCCACCCCUUGCCUUAGACUUCCCCUUCCCUUCAUUUCCUCCGAGUAGAGCAAAAGCAAAUAGCAGAAUGUUACCAAAGACCAGAUUUUCAUGCUUAUGCUGCCAAUUGCCAUCAAAAACAAGUGAAAGAAACAGGUUAUAUAAUCUCACAUGAAAAACAACCAUCUUACUCUGUUUUCAAAGCUUACCCUUAGCCUGAAAUAUAAACCAUUACAUGACCUUCUUAACCCUAACACACUUUGUACAUGGUGUGUCAUAUUGGCUAGUGCGUGUGGCAUUCUAACAUAUGCAAGGGAAACCAAAACAUGAGGACAAUACGCUUCGAAACUCAAAUACAUCACCCCCCCCACCCACCAUCAUAAGGCUGUGUGUAUCCAGGUCUGAAGAGCUUCUUUAAUCUGUAACAAGUCUUUAGACACAUGAUCCUAUAACUAAUAAUAGCACAACUCUUCUUUUUCUGUGUCUCCGUAGUGCUGACAACAGUUUUGAAAUGAAAAGACAUAUAAACAUAAACUAUAGCUGUUAGACAAAAAACAAGAAAAACAUUAAAAAAAAAAAAAAAAAAAAAAAAAAUCUGUAUUGUUUGGUGUUGUAAUAUGGGGGUGUUUUGGGGGGUAGGGGGUCCCAUAUCCUCAGGUUCAAGGUAUUAGCAAUUUAUCAUAUAUAUAUAUAUAUAUAUAUAUAUAUAUAUAUAUAUAUGAGGACAAAAACCAUAUUGACAAAAUGUAAAAUUGGAUUUUCCGGUGAUAUAAAAACAUUGUAGGGUUUCAAAUAUGGCCAUUUUAACCAUCCUGCAGGAGUUAUCAUCACAGUGGACUGAUGUGAAAUAACACUACUGAUUGGGGUAGGACUUCUGUGUUAUCCAUAAAGCAAACUGUUGUCCUGAGAGUGCUCAGCAAAUUUGGUCACACUGGCAAAAAUGAAGUGGGCGCUCUCUUUUUUCUGUUGCUUUACUGUCCUGUAAGGAAAGAAGUGCGCAUAUUUUAUCACCGUGGCACUUUUCUCUGUUGUAAUUUGUUCAUUUUGGUGGGAUGGGACUAUGACUUGGUGGAGAAUAUUGUUUUAUGUCCAACUUGAGAAUUGUUCAUUGAUCUCAACACAUGCUGCGUUCAAGCCAUAUGGGGGGUAGCGUAAACUUGGGGGGAAAAAAAAGCAUUUGCUGCUCUUUCAAGUUUAAAUUACAAAUCCAAAGCUUUGGCCUUGUCCUUACACUUUUUGCAGAAAACAACAGAUCCACAUGAAUUACAUGAAGAUAAAACUUCAGACCUUCAAUAAAUACAUACAGAGGAGCGAAUAUUGCCAAAUGUUUGCUCCACAGCGCCAGGUCCAGCUCAUGUCAGCCUCACUGUUAACCCCAAAUGGGAUGAACGCAGCAAAAGGAGGGAACCUUUUUGAGUCUCUGAACUGUUUCUGGAUGGCUGUAAAUGCACAAUAUUCUGUUUAAUCCAUGUUAACUUGUUUAUUUUUGAACCAAAUGUUUGUGUUUUUUUUUUUUCUUCUUUCUUUUUGCAUCAAUUUAGUAAUAACUCCAGAUGUCAUUGAAUUGUCUGUGUGUAAGCACUAAUGGGUAACGGUCAAGAAAAAUGGGAAGUUAAUGGAAAAAAAAAAAAAAGUAUUUUUACCUUCAAAUGUCCAGAAUGCUUGGAAUGAUUCUACGGUUUACACCAGAAUGCCGUUUGUAUCUACAAUAUAUAUAUUUUUUGUUUAAAUCUGUUUAUUUUUGAGGAAAGAUUUUCAUUUCUCUUUGGGACUGGGGUUUCUGGGAUGAAGGCCCAUAUUGCCCCUGUUCGUCUAGCCUUACAGGAGGGACAGGACUGGAGGAUCAUGGGCAAUGUGCUAAGUUUUAUUUAUUUAUUUUGUUUUUCCUUUGCUUUAUUUAUUGAUAGAUUUAUUGUGCUGUCAUUUGGUAUGGGAUUAGAAACUAACCAAGGUUGAUUCAACGUAAAUGAGAGGAAACUGAUUGAAAAACAGAAGUACAUAAAAUAAUUGUAGUGUAAAUCUAUCAAUGUCUUAUUAUAUUGAUGAACAUCAUGAAAUAUAUGUAUAUUGGAAAAACAGU